AUGGGAGAACCUCAAAAUCCAAUCCCCUAUAUGCACCCUCCUCCCCCAGUAUCACUACCUUCUGUAGAAAAACCAAACCUGGCCAUGUUAUAUUAUGGCCUCUUCGUUUUAGGAACGGCUGCAACUGUGCUGGUAGUGUACAAUCUCAUAAUCGUAAAAUUGUGCACAGUAUACUACGGUGGCACUCGCCUGGGACGCACAGGUGACCUCGAACCUACCUCAACCCUGAGAAUUCAUAAACCGAAGAAAGCCGUCUUGUCCAGCAUCAAGUACAAGAAAAAUGAAGCGGACGAUUCUGAUGAAUGUGCAGUCUGUCUAUCAGUUUUUGAAGAAGGUGAAGAAAUAAGGCAACUUCCACAGUGCAAGCACUGUUUCCAUGCUCCCUGUAUUGAUAUGUGGCUUUAUUCCCACCUUAACUGUCCACUUUGUCGUUCCCUGGUCGAGCCACUGGUUCUUUUCGGGGUUUCUGCCCCCGAUCAAUCAGAAAACUCUCGAGAAGGAUUUCUGGAUUCAGGCAACUUGGUUUAG